AUGGCCACGCCACGGGCGCACGCGCACUCGCGGUCGUCGUACAGCGUGCUCCUCCUGCAGAAGCUGCUCAGCCUGCGCGAUGGCGUGAGUCCCCUGACGCUGGUGCUUGACACCGUGCGCGAGUCCGGCGUGCCGCUCGUCGAGGAGAUGAUGCUGCGGGCCAAGACGGGCGCGGCGGCCAAGACGGACAAGACGGCCAUUGUCUACGUCGCCAGCCACCUGGCGCCGCGCCGCCGGUCCCCGCACGUCGAUGUGUUUGUCGAGCGCCGCGGGCAGCCGCUCGACGUGUUUCGCCAGGCGAUUCUGGCCGCGGUGUCCGCGGUGUCGGCCGCCGGGCCCAAGAAGGUGCUCGUUGUCGUCGACUCGCUGUGCCAGAUCGCCCGCCAGGACCCGCUGCGGGCCGCCGCCUUUGUGUCGAGCCUGGUGUCGCCGGCGGCGUCCGUCGUCGGGCUGUACCACACCGACGGCGUCGGCGCGUCGUCGUCGACAAUGAGCGGCCCCUCGCCGCUGCACCGGGGCAAGCCACACCCCUUCCGCAUCCUGUGCCACCUGGCGACCGCCGUGCUGCGCGUCCUGCCGCUGCACGAAGAGGUUGCGCGCAAACGCGCCCGCGACCGCGCCGAGGAAGUGCCACGCUUUGGCUGGGCCGAGGGCGAGGGCUGGCCGUACGGAUACAGCGAUGCGGCGCUACGGUACGGCACACGCCGGGACUUGGUUGGCGGUACGCCCGAGGCGCUGGAUCGGCGGGGGCUGCUGGUCACGAUGGAGCUGCGGCGGCGCAGCGGGCGCGCCGUUGUCGAGCAGUACGUGGUUGUCCUGGGCACGGAGAAGAAGGCGGCAGUCCCGGCAGCACGGCCGGCGUCUGCGACGUCCACACCUGCUCCUGCCCCCGCCCCCGCCCAGAUUGCCUUUCCCUGGCAGCCUGGUGCGGUACCGUGCGCCAACAUCACAGUCAUGGCAGACCACCCGUUGUUUGCGGCCGCACGCGACCCAAGGGAGGACGACAGGCCGGACGAUGGUAGUGGCGACGAGGACGCGCCCACAUCCACGUUCAACCUGGGCCUGACCGACAAGCAGCGCCGUGACCGUGAGGGGAUUGUCCUGCCCUACUUUGAUGCCCAGACCGACAUUGGCGCCGGUGAGGGCGGCCGCAUCCUGUACGACAUGGGCCGCGAGGACGACUUUGACGACGAAGAGGAUGAGAUAUGA